UCGAGAAGCGAACUCGUCUGGGUUGAACAAUUUGUACGUGAUUGGCCAGCUGGGACGUUCAUGAACCGAACUGCGUUCCGAAACGCAUGGUAAAAGCGCCGUGAGCAGCAGAUUCUUUUGCGAGCCACGGACUGAGGUGGAUGCUGUGGCCGAGUAUUCCAUCAGCACGUUUUGGUAUUGCAUCAUUCGAUUAACAGUUUUCUGCUUCCGAUUAGUAUUCAUUUAUCAAGUAUUGGUAUUCAUUUAUCAAGAUUUAGUACUCAAUCAUCUAAGAUAGAAAGACUAGCCAAGUGUACCCCUGUACAGGGGACCGGGGCCACCCAAAGGAAAAAGAAGAAGAAGCCGUGAGCAGCAGCCUGCGUACGCAAUUUACAGUGGUAAUUAGCAGUGCAACACGAGACGAGGCUCACGAGAGUUGAUUUUUGUACACAUUUCCAUCAACUCCAUACUACCGAUAGAUAAGAAAGAAGGACCAAGUUAAAACGUUGACUCGUACGCUCUUAACAAUAGGCCAGACUUUUUAUUUACAUUCUUUCACCCCUUUAUAACUCGCUUAUCGUUACAGCCCAUUGUUACGAUUUAUAUCACAUCGCAAGAUGAAUUUCGACCACGAUGAGGUUCUCUCCUGUCCGUACAACAAGACUCAUCGUAUACCUAGCUCGAGAUUUCAGCGGCACCUUGUAAACUGCGAAAAGAAUUAUCCGCCCGAUUACAAGGUUAUCUGCCCGUACAACGCGACUCAUCGUUUGAGCAAGAGCGAGAUCCAGGAGCACAUCAAUACGUGUCCCAUGAGAAGGACCGUCGAAGGAAGUUAUAUUCAGCCGUCAAGAACUCGUAAGAUGAGACCAGGACAGAGCGACUCUUCAAGUGAGAUCGAUUGCAAUGGCUAUUAGAGAAGUCGAGAAGGGGCCAAAGAACGACCAAAAAGUUUCUUUAAGUUUCAUAGUAAUUAAUCAAACCCAUGGAUUGAAUGGAAAAAAACAUGGAACUAUUUGUUAGCACACUGGACAACACAGAGGUCAGGCGAGACAGAACAGUAUCUAAAACCACAGUGCCUAGUUUGAGUUUUUCGGUAAAUAAAUCUAUCACAUGAGACAAUCUGGAAACAGGAAUGUACAAAUGGAGUGAUCACAAAGGGAAAAUUACGAAAAAAAAUGAAAACCUAAUAAACUUUUAUUUCUUAGAGCGAGAAAACGAUAAAGAAUAUAAAUGAUUUUUUUUACAAAUAUUGUUUUUUAUUGAUGACAGGCUCCUUUUGUGUUUCGCUCAAAUGCUUUUAUUUCACAUAAAUUUUGUUUAUUUUUAUACUUUACAUUGAUUCUAUUAUUUACAAGUAUUAAUUUCAAGUGAAUUUUCCACAAAUAAAGACAGUAGUGCAUAUGUGUGUGUAUGUAUAUGUGUGUAUACCCAAUAUACACACACGCACAUGUAUAUACAUACACAUACCCAAUAUAUACAUAUAAAAAAAACAAUAAAAAUGUCAAUAAGAUAGGACAAUUUAUUAUUGGAUCUAUAUGUACAAAUAGCGUAUCGCAUUUUAUUAUUAUAUUAUUAAAUAUUUCAACUGCGUGUGUUCUGUAUGUAUAUAUGUAUGUAUAUGUGUGUACGAGUGCGCGCGCGCCCCCAUUUUUAAUUAUUUCAUAAAAUAUACCAAAAAGACCGCUAUCUAAUGUAGUUCUGAAUACACUGUCUCAAAGUUCCUGAAUUUUGUGUCAAAUCUUUUGUCUUCCUAGAUAGAAAAGGAAGGUACAUUACACAAAAGUAUGACAAAUGAUAAAUAGCUUUUAUCAUUGAAUACUACAGUCGCCUCUUUUCGGUUCUUUAGAAAUCUAGGACUUACGUGAUUUUUGACGCUCAAGUUAUGUAGUAUCAAAUUUUUGUAUGUCGAUGUUUAAAUGUGGAUAUGAUAUCAAUAAACUAUUUUUCAACUAUUUUUAAA